CCUUGGGUUAGGCUCGUCCGUAAGCUCAUGGAUGAAUUCCCAUACCAGAAGCCAGCAGUCUUUUCCUCCCCAAGCUCUCUGCUUAUUGUGGACGAGGCACAGGCGUCAUACAAAGAUGAUUUGUUCUGGGGCGUAAUCAUCAAGGAACAACUCGAAGGUGCUAAACAGACCGAUAUGCGAAUUUGCCUCGUCUGUGCUUAUGGAAGUCCAACCACCGGCGUCGAGCCUGGUACCUUUACUCCAGCCACUCUCAACACGACACAACGCAUUAGCCUCACUGCGGAUCAAGCCCCGUACUCCCCGCCAAUUGGCAUUUUCUUCGACAGGCCCGAGUUUGACGACGCUAUCUCUCGAAAGAUCAAAUACCUGUAUUUCGAUAGCUUUGCUCUAGAUGAAGAAGCUCGUGACUACAUAUUCUCUUUCACAAAUGGACAUCCCGCAGCUGUCGAUGGGAUUUUCACUUACAUUUAUCACUUUUAUCACAGCAAAAUCGCACAUAAGGAAUUAUCCGUGAUUACGAAAGAGAGUGUUACGUCCUGCUUAGAGGAACAGGAGGAUGUUUGGAGAUAUCUCCUUCAUGGGUGCUCUAUCAAGCGCUCUUUUCCAGAUCAUAGAAUGGAAGAUGGAGAUGCCGAUAUCCUUACAGAAAUUUUGGAGCAUGGAAGCAUGAAAUGGAACCGAGAAAAUGCUGCAAUGGGUCGAUGUUACCUGAACGGCUGGAUUCAUAAGACCCUCGUGUGUGACACUCCCAACUCUGUCGGAAAGGAAUACGUUGUUCUUCCGUCACGCCUACAUGAAAAGUGGGUCGAACGUCACAUUGGCAAUGAAAAAGCCCUUCUUGGCGCACGAUUUGGUACACUUCAAAGUCUUUGUAUUGCUGCCCUCUCUCGCUUUUCCGUCAUGUCUUUACGACACUGCUCUGAGGGAAAGAAGUUGUCCAGCGGAACAGGAUGUAGACCUGUUGAAGCUCAGUAUCAGGAUGAGUUUUAUAAAGCUUUCGGGUCGAUCGCAGGGCGGGCGGUUCCAAUUCCCUCGGAGUGGUCCAGAACGAAGGAUGGCCGAGUGGACUUCUAUAUACCCGAAAAGAAAUGGGCCAUCGAAUUUCUCCGUGAUCAUAGGGAUAUUGACAAGCAUGUCUCGAGGUUCCACAAGGGAGGAGCGUACUAUGACUGGUUACAGGAAGGCAGAAUUCAAGAAUGGAUUGUCAUCAAUUGUGCGACUACUUUGCAUACCAAAGUCCACCCUGAACCAAAUCUCAUCCAUGCCAUCUUCCUAGCAGAUUACACAAUGGUACGAGUCUUUGAUCAUCAGGGGACAAAAUUAGAUGAAGCCCGCCUUCGAAACUGACAUGGAAUUUGUCUUCGUAUCAUUAUGUGUCUCAAGGUUUACUACGUUCUUUUUGCGGUUGUCCUUCAAUGAAAUUCCUAAUGUUAGCGAGUGCGUCAUUCUUACAAUAUGACCCUACACAAUAAUGGACAUCAUCUUGCCUUGCUUUAUGCCUAACAGUCACCUUCUCCUCGGGAGGACCAUUCUCAAGAGAACGCGUUCGAGUCACUGUGCAUGUCUGGUAUUGAACUGACUGAUUAGCUGUGACCGCGGCGAUUUGUAG